AGCUCUGAACUAAGCUACGUGAAGAUCGAGUGAGAUGUGAAAGCGUGACAGUCAUACGUACAGGAAACCUUGAAUCAUUUCUGAGCUUCCUGGAACACGUCGUAGAGAGCUUAUCGUUGUGUUUACUAAUGAUGAUCCCAUCGCUGUUGGCCGGCUUAGAAAAUGUCCAGCUGUACCAGCACCUCCAUCUUAGGCACGCGCAACAGCAGCCGACUCAUUGGGGCUCUUCAGAGAUGUGUGCCGACGUCCCCAGUGAUACCAUUUCGUAACCAAGCGUAGGGAGCGGAGCGCGGCCACCGCAAUGGUGUUUUCUUUAUCCGGGGGAAAAAGAUAUAUGUUGGGGAAAGGAGGAAAGCGGAAGUUUGACGAGCAUGAAGAUGGGUUGGAAGGCAAAGUGGUGUCUCCUACUGACGGUCCCUCUAAGGUGUCGUACACCUUACAGCGUCAGACUAUCUUCAACAUUUCCCUUAUGAAACUUUAUAACCACAGGCCAUUAACCGAGCCAAGCUUGCAAAAGACAGUUUUAAUUAACAACAUGCUGAGGCGAAUCCAGGAAGAACUCAAACAAGAAGGCAGCUUGAGGCCCGUGUUUGUGACCGCAUCGCAGCCCGCCGACCCUCUCAGCGACAACUUCCGCGAGGCCCAGCCGGCCUUCAGCCACCUCGCCUCCCCGUCCCUGCUCCCCACUGACUUGGUAAGCACUACGCCCCUGGAGUCCUGCCUCACCCCGGCCUCUUUGCUCGAGGACGACACUUUUUGCACUUCCCCGACCGUCCAGCACGACGGUCCGACGAAACUACCACCUCCUGCUCUCCAGCCAGUCAAGGACAGCUUCUCCUCAGCCUUGGAUGAAAUCGAGGAGCUCUGUCCCGCACCUACCUCCGCAGAGGCAGUAGCAGUAGCAGCCGAAUCAGCCGCCGGUGACUCUAAAGCCCACCCCUGCGAGUCCAGCGUUCCCAAGCCCGAGGGCGUCGCGGAGAGCAGAACGGCCGAAUCCAAACUCAUGGAGCCGCUCCCUGGCAACUUCGAGAUCACGACUUCCACAGGUUUCCUCACAGACUUGACCCUGGAUGACAUUCUGUUCGCUGACAUUGACACGUCCAUGUAUGAUUUUGACCCCUGCACGUCGGCCGCAGGGGCCGCCUCCAAAAUGGCGCCCGUCUCGGCGGACGAGCUCCUAAAGACGCUGGCGCCGUACAGCAGUCAGCCAGUAACUCCAAAUCAGCCUUUCAAAAUGGACCUCACAGAACUGGAUCACAUCAUGGAGGUGCUUGUUGGGUCUUAAAGUAUAGAAAUAGAGCAACUCUCUCUCUUUCUCUCUCUCUCUCUGUCUUUUUAUUUUUAUUUUUUCGUUUUAAGUACCAGUAUAUACACUCGGUAGUAUUUCCAUCGUCCCUCCCACCCGAUUCACAGCACUGUGCAUGCGUCCUUGCUUGCCUUUUUGGAAAAGAAAAGGAUCACACUAGUUUUUGCUUCAAGCAGAGUUGGAGUGCCUUCAUCCAUGUACGACCACUUCUAAUGUAUUUUUUUCCAAGUGGUUCCUCAAGGAAGACCGAAUAUCCCGGUAUAGGAAAGAAUACAUAUUGUAGACGAUGUUAUGUUAUUACAGA